GCGGUGUCGGUAACAAACAGGAUCCGUGAACCUUCGAGGGCGCCGCAAGGCUGGAAAUGUGGCGAGACGAACUGGGUACUUUGGUGGGAAUGUCUUGCAGGGUCGCAUCGUUGCAAAACAAGAUCGCCUCGCCACUGAGCCCCGGCGCGUGCUUGCGUCCCUUGUGCUCGACCUUCGCAGAGCUCAGCGCGCGAUACAGUCCCCCCUCCGUCCCGUUCUCCUGCAUCCUUUCCCCAUCGGUACCGAUCAUGUAAGUCGUCCGUGUUUCAUGCUACCGGGUAUUGGCCUUUGUCCAAGGCCCAAAAUCUGAAAGAGCUGCUGCAUCCUAGAUAGGAAAGGGGGGACCU